UAUGAGGCUUCAGGUCCUCCUUCUUCUGGCUGUUGGCUCAGCGGCUUCUGACUUUGGGAGCCCACUUGUUGCUCCUAUUUCAACGAGUGAACCGUGGGAUGAUACCGUUUUGAAAAUCAGAGAGUUUGCGAAUAUAUUCACAGCGGCCCUCAGAACACGGAGUUGGUAUAAGAUUGAAAAGUUCUUUGACAAAGAUUUUUAUAUGCUUUGCUUGGCGGACGAUAGAAAAACAGUUAUGAGACGAGAUGAGAGAUGUUCUCCUGAAAUUCCGAGCAAUUCCAUUCAUCACAAGACUGCUCUUGCUUCUGCUGAACAACUCACUACGCUUGAACAUAUCACAAAGUUCUUGGAAUUAUUCGAAGCGGCCAUUGCAACCAGGGAUUGGUAUCAAAUUGAGAAACGCUUCGGAAAAUAUUUCUUUCUCGAAAGAUGUUGGAUCGAUAAUCAUUAUACGCUGCGUACUUCUAGAACCGAAUUCAUCACAAUGUUAACUAAUAUUCCUCGGAACAAUGAUGUAUCUUUCGAUCUCCUGUCGUAUCAUGGAGAGGUGUAUGGUGGGCGUCUAACUGACUCUAUCUCCAUCGAAGUGACAAUAUCCGGAAUUAUGGCGACUCCACUCCGUUUUAAAUUUAUGUUUAGCCACCGCGGAUACUUGUUGGAAAUAGGGCAUCGGAUUGAGUGUGAGUAUGUACGAUUUGCGGAUGAUGAAAAUUAUGAUGUCGGACACGAAUUCGCUGUUGCUCCGGCCUCUUCAGGAGCUCUGAGUCCUACAGUUGAACGGAUCAAUGAGUUUUUGGAAAGUUUCAAAGCGGCGAUUGAAACCAGAGAUUGGUAUCAAAUCGAGAAGCACUUCAGAUCAACCAACUAAAAGAUUGUGUUAUGCAACGAAAUUGGAUUGUCCGAAAAGUUUUUUUUAUUGAAUAAACAUUGUAUUU